AGAUCAUGGUGUGUCAUUCGUUUACGAAUUGAGUCACUUCAACUUCCUUACUAUUCAAAGUUAUAAUAAAAGUAAUUGGAAGAAAAUUAAAAGAUGUGGAAAGCUCAAGUUGGUCAUCAGGUUAAUGCAAAUGCAAAUGCGGAUGAUGAUGAUUGGGAGACGGAGGCGGAUUUUGAGAAUACGGUUGAUGAAAAGGCUCAGCGUUGGGGAUCUACGACUGUAGCUGGGUCUGGUCAUAUUGACAGUGUAAAUUUGAAUGAACUAAAUAAAACAGUUGUACAAGAGCACGCCAAAAUGAAGGAGAAGGAAAUGAAAGACGGACCAAAAGCAUCCUACGGAUACGGAGGAAAGUUUGGAGUAGAAAAAGACCGAAUGGACUCGUGUGCACUGACUCACGAUCACAAGGAGCAAUUAUCCAAGCACUCGUCACAAACAGAUGCUGCUAGAGGAUUUGGUGGAAAAUACGGGGUGGAAAAGGAUCGAAUUGAUAAAUCUGCCAAAACUUGGGAGUUUCGAGAGCAACUACAGAAGCACGAAUCGCAAAAAGACUACGCAAAAGGCUUCGGUGGUAAAUACGGCGUUCAGAAAGAAAACUUCGAUAAAAGUGCUGUUGGUUGGGGAUAUCAAGAAAAAGUUGAGAAACAUGCCUCGCAGAAAGAUUAUGCUCAUGGUUUUGGAGGAAAAUACGGUGUCGAAAAAGAUAAGAUGGAUAAGUCUGCUCAGGGUUGGGGAGAACAGAAUAAAACUGAAGCUCACCCUUCUCAAAAAGAUUACAGUAAAGGAUUUGGAGGUAAAUAUGGUGUUGAAAAAGACAAAAUGGACAAAUCUGCUCAAGGCUGGGGAGAGCAGAACAAAACUGAGGCCCAUUCUUCUCAGAUAGACCAUAGUAAAGGCUUUGGAGGCAAAUAUGGCGUUGAAACGGAUCGCGUCGAUAAAUCUGCACAAGGUUGGGGAGAACAGAAUAAGACUGAAGCUCAUCCUUCUCAAAAAGAUUACAGUAAAGGAUUUGGAGGUAAAUAUGGUGUCGAAAAAGAUAAGAUGGACAAAUCUGCUCAAGGCUGGGGAGAGCAGAACAAAACUGAGGCCCAUUCUUCUCAGAUAGACCAUAGUAAAGGCUUUGGAGGCAAAUAUGGCGUUGAAACGGAUCGCGUCGAUCAAUCUGCACAAGGUUGGGGAGAACAGAAUAAAACUGAAGCCCAUCCUUCUCAGAUAGAUCAUAGUAAAGGUUUUGGAGGCAAAUACGGAGUUGAAUCAGAUCGCGUCGAUAAAUCUGCACAAGGUUGGGGAGAACAGAAUAAAACUGAAGCUCAUCCUUCUCAAAAAGAUUAUAGUAAAGGAUUUGGAGGAAAAUAUGGAGUGGAAGCAGCAACGGAUGAGUCAGCAAGAGGAUAUGAUGAUAGAGAAGAAAGAGAAGCACCGAAGAGAAUAAUAGAAACCUCAAGUAACACAAGUUCUAUUCGAGCUCAAUUUGAAAAUGCUGCAAAAUCAAUUAAUCAACCUCCGCCUAGAGUGUCUCAAGCAAGGAUAGGACAGCCAGUUAUGCCUGUGCAUAAAAGGUCUAUACAGAAUGAAUUGGAAGAAAAACUAAAAAUUGAACAGCAGGAAGAAAUAUAUGAAGACGCUCAAGCAGUUCAAGCACCGGAAGAAGAGUACUCCGAUAUUGCACCAGAACGGAAUUCGGCAAUAUAUGAUGAGGCUAUCCCGCAAAGCAACCAAGAAGCAAUUAAUGAAGAAUUAUAUGAAGAGAUCAAUCAAGGUCAAAUGCAGCCACAGUCACAACCAAAACAAGAAACCUCUGGAUCAGCAACUUUCAGGGCAAUUGCCAUGUUUGAUUACCAAGCUGGCGACUCGGAUGAAAUAAGCUUUGAUCCGGGUGAAGAAAUUAUCGAUAUUAUCGAGGUAGCAGACGGCUGGUGGCAGGGCCAAUGCCGCGGAAAGACUGGCUUGUUUCCAAGUAAUUAUGUAAAAAGAAAAGAUUGAUUAUUAUCAUGUAUUACAACAAUAAUAUUUUUUAUGUUAUAAAAUUAUUUUUAAGUGAAUUUUAAUUGCAAUAAGACAAGAAAAUUAUACAUCUUAAGAAGUUUUGUACCUAAUUUAAAUAUGACGGUAUUUUCACGCAUGCUCCGUCGUUACUUCCGUCUUCUAUUAAUCCUAGAAUAUCGCAAACAAAAGGUAAACACAAAGUUUUCACAGUUUAAUACAAUAAAAACAUCUAACAUUGUUGCUUAACACGUAUUUAUAAUUAGACUUAUCAAAUUACGUUUUAUUGUUACUUUUUAUUAUGAAUAAAAUGG